AGCCUUCUGCGCAUAUGAAACGAAGCCGGUAAAAUAGUCUUGGACAAGAUGCAACCUGGUAUCAUUCUUCURAAAGAGGGCACCGAUUCCUCACAAGGAAUCCCUCAACUUAUAAGCAAUAUAAAUGCCUGUCAGUUCAUCGCAAAUGCUGUUCGUACAACKCUCGGGCCAAGAGGAAUGGAYAAACUUAUGGUUGACAACAGAGGCAAGUCAACGAUUUCAAACGAUGGUGCUACGAUUAUAAACCUUCUUGAUAUCAUUCAUCCUGCUGCAAAAACUCUCGUUGAUAUUGCCAAGUCACAAGAUGCAGAGGUUGGCGAUGGAACGACGUCUGUAGUACUUCUGGCUUGUGAAUUUCUAAAGCAAAUCAAAUCUUUCAUUGAAGAAGGUGUUCAUCCACAAAUAGUUGUUAAGAGUUACAGAAAAGCAGCCAACUUGGCCAUCAAAAGAAUCAAAGAAUUAGCCGUUCCUGUUAAGAAGGAUGACCCAGAUGAAAUGCGAAAAUUACUUGAACGAUGUGCAGCUACAGCAAUGAGUUCAAAGCUCAUAGCAACAUACAAAGAUUUCUUCUCUAAGAUGGUUGUAGAUGCUGUGCUUCACUUGGAUGAGUUACUCCCCCUGAACAUGAUUGGUAUUAAGAUGGUAUCAGGAGGGGCAUUGGAAGACUCUUUACUUGUCAAAGGUGUAGCAUUCAAGAAGACUUUCUCCUAUGCUGGCUUUGAAAUGCAGCCUAAAAAGUACAAAGAUUGUAAGAUUGCUUUGUUAAAUGUUGAGCUUGAACUCAAAGCUGAGAAAGAAAAUGCUGAAGUGAGACUUGAUAAUGUCCAGGAAUAUCAAAACAUAGUCGAUGCAGAGUGGGAUAUACUUUACGACAAGUUAGACAAAGUGCACAAGAGUGGAGCAAAGGUUGUUUUGUCAAAGUUGCCCAUUGGUGAUGUUAGGUUUUAUGAAAGUGAGCAACAACUUGACCAUCCUGGAAAGGUAUAUAUCGGCCUGUUGAAAAUACCAGAUUAG